AUGAGCUCUUCCACGUCGUCGGCCCGUUCCCACACGCGUAGAGAAACACUACAGGCAGAUUUCGCUUCUUUUAUGAAGUCCACCAUGCAGCGCUUUGAAAAUCAGGAGAAAUACCUCGAUGACGCCAUCCUUGACAUGGAAAAACAUCUCCAAGAGAAAACUACUCUUAUGGCUGAAACAGUCCAAUCUUCAGCCAAAGAAACAUCAACUUUGUCUAUUCAAAAUAGUUUGGUGUCACAAACCCUCGACUCAUAUGUUGCCAAAACUAACUCACUACUUCUAAAUAUUGCUACUGCUACAGUUGUCUUAGGAACAAUGACCUUCAUCUAUGCAAAACUCACUACCUAA